AUGCUCCAUCUCAAGGAAGAGGAGGUGGAGGAGGAGGAGGAGGAGGAGGAGGAGGAGGAGGAGGAGGAGGAGGAGGAGGAGGAGGAGGAGGAGGAGGAGGAGGAGGAGGAGGAGGAGGAGGAGGAGGAGGAGGAGGAAGAGGAAGAGGAAGAGGAGGAGGAGGAGGAGGAGGAGGAGGAGGAGGAGGAGGAGGAGGAGGAGGAGGAGGAGGAGGAGGAGGAGGAGGAGGAGGAGGAGGAGGAGGAGGAGGGGGAGGAGGACGGGGGAAAGGAGCAACACUUUCGCAGAAAAGCAGGAUUUUCUUGCAAGAAACGAGAUCCAUACAAGCAAUGGGACCUGUGCAAGAAAAGGGAUCGACUCAAGAAAGGGAAUCUGAGAAAAGGGGGUCAGUGUGCUACCCGCUGCCCCAAGGAUAGGAAGCAGUCAUAUCCUCGUUAUAGGCGCCUCACGCCUUCCAUCGGGUCUAACACCAGCGGCAGCAGCGGCAGUCACUUGGCUGUGGGGCCAGGCCAGCCAAUCAGCGCUAGCCACGUGGCUGGGGCGGCAGGGGAGCCAGUCAGCGCCAGCCACGUGGCAGUGGCAGGAGCAGUGGCUGUGCUAGGGCAGGUGCAUGCCGCUUUGGGGGAGGAAGGUGGGGAGAAAGCAGGGGGUGAAGGGGGGUUGGUGGUGGAAGGAGGAGAGGAGGAGAGGGUGGUGGUGGUAGGGGGGAAAGCAGGAGGGGAGCAAGGGGAGUUGAUGGGGGAAGGGGGGAAGGAAGGGGCGGUGGGAGGGGGGUUGGUGGCGGAAGGAGGAGAGGAAGAGAGGGUGGUAGUGGGAGGGGGGGAGAAAUCAAGGGGAGAAGGGGAUUUGGUGGGGGAAGGAGGGGAGGAAGGGGGGUUGAUGGAGCGAGAGGCUGAUGAAGGUGGGGUGGUGGCGCGAGGGGGGAUUGAAAGUGCCACAGUGGCUGACGUGGACAGAGGUGGCACUGAGGCGGGCAGAGAUGCCACUUAUGCGGGCAGAAUUGGCAUUGAGGCGGGCAGAGGUGCAUCUUCUGACUGUCGACGAAACAGGAGGUGA